GCGGCUUUAAGCCCGGUAUACCGAAAACCCCAGCCAUUUGUUUCUCCGACAUGUAUGGUUAUGGUUGUAAAAUCGGUGCUCGAAAACAGGAAUUUUAGCCAAAAAACGCCCAAAAUCGUAUCAAUUUAUUGAUCAAAAACCCCCCCACAGCCAGACUUUGCAUCUAAAUCAGCCCUCUGGCCCCGCAAGCGUUUUCAUAACACAAGUGUAAACAAAAAGUUUGUGUUUGAAAAAUGACCAUCACUUUGAAAAAAGCCCCCAAAUGAGCGAAAAAAUGAGUUCGCAAAGCCAGGACUUCAACGUGAUCCAGUUCGAAAAACGCCUCACUGCUUUGAAAGACUCGCAAGAAAACAUCAAUGCUUGCUGUAAAUGGUGCUUGGAAAACCGACAGUUCCACAAGAAAAUCGUCAACUCGUGGCUCAACGUCCUCAAACGUGUCAAAGUGGAGCAGAGACUCAACCUGUUUUAUUUAGCGAACGAUGUUAUCCAGUAUUCGAAGCGGAAACAGUACGAGUUUGUGGACAGUUGGGGCACUGCCUUGCAGAAAGCCACCACUUUAGUCAGAGACGACAAAGUCAAACACAAAAUCGUGCGGAUUUUCAACAUUUGGCAACAGAGGGGCGUUUACAACGAGGAGUUUAUCUCGGAUUUGUGUGGACUGAUUAGCGUCGUGCCUACGGCUUCCAAAAACGACGAACCGCACGAAUUCCAGUCGUCUUAUGUUAUCAACAAGAUCAAACAGUGUUCCAAGCUCGAAACUGAAACCGAUUUAAAACUAAAGGUUUUGAAGGAACACAACCCGAAAAUACAGCUCGAGACUGAGUCACUUUGCACGUCGCUGAAAGAUCGGGCGCAUGUUGACGACGUGGAAAAGGAAUUAGAAGUUUACGUCAAGCAUUUAGAAGGGUACAUUAAUGCCCUUAAGGCGGAAAUUAAGUGUCGGAUCACCAAUAUCUCAGUACUGAAACAAGCCAACAACCAGUUGGAUAAGGACAAGAAAGAUGUGAAAGUUGUGGCGAAUGCUUAUAAAGUGUUCGGGAACAAGGUUAAAGCAUUCCAGAAGAAAUUAGAGGAGCAUAUGUUGACGCUGAGCAGUCCGGUCCCUUCUCCCGAUGUAAAUGCCCCCUCACCUAGUCCUGAUUGUGAUAUCGAGCUGCCUGACGAUAACGAAAUGAAAAACAACAAUUCUCACGUUGAGUACAACGCGGCGGUUCCUUUUUCCGCCGGUUAUUACAACCCUGUGCCACCCCCAUCUACAGAACCUUCAAAUUUCGUUACCAACGGUUACACGAGUUUCAUUGGCUCAAGUUUCAACGUCCAAAAUUUAAACACCUCAACUCUUUUCACCAACACCCAAACAACAAAUACGCUGACGGAGGUCACGAAUAGUAAUUACGACUUGUCGUCGGUUUUACAAUCAAUAGCUAGGCCUCCGCCACCUCCCAUCGAACCCUCAACAGAAACACCCUCUUUUCCGUAUCAAGAGGGCCCCCACAUGCCCCUACUCCCGCCCCCCAUGCCCCCAUUUAGUGAAAACUCGUACCAGUUUACAAAUACGAGUUUCACGCAACCCGUGUACGAAACCGCCCCCAUGGGGGCCCCCGACGAGUACAACCCGGAGCAAGAGCCCGAAACGUGGGACACUGACCCGAGUUGGACGCAACCAACGCUUGAUACAGACACGCCUGAGAGCCCCCCUAAUUUCGAGAAAGAGGGCUAUAUCGAAGGGGCGGAGUACCACGAUAAUGUGGUCUCGAGCGGGGUUGCUGACGUUGACCACAGAUUACUACACCCGUUAGACGGGGCUAGGGGGCGCAAGGACGUUGAUCACCGCAAUUUGAUCAGUCUGACGGGGUCGCCCGCCGACGUUUCGUCCAACGUUUGGACGCCCUCAGGACCCGAUCAGGAUUAUCGUGUCGAAGACCAGGAUUACAGACUACCGCCGUUCAACAUCGAACAAUUGAAGCUUCCGCCGCCUCCACCACCGCCCCCGAAAAAGAUUCUCUCCCCCCGGAAACUGCAAGACAACACCGAGAGCAUCGACAUGGAGCUAAGCGAGGACGAGACGGAGGAGAAAAUGCACCCGCCUUUGCUGAAGCCGCCGCCCCCGCUCCCGGACCUGCCGGACGACGUGGACGCCAACAGUUUUCUCGACGAUCUCGACAAUGACCUGAAUUCGAACGAAUUCACCGCCAAUUUGCACGACCCCGAAAUGGGCGGUUUCGGCCCCUGGAGGCCCCCCAAGCCCAACUUCGGCGGCUUCCGAAGGGGGCACAGAGGCCGCGGCGUGAUGAUGAGAGGCCGAGGGCGAGGAUUUAGAGGAGCGAAUUUUAGAGCGCGAGGAUUUAGAGGCGGUAGACGAGCUCCUCGCAGUUGAGCUUCUUGUGCAGUUCCGGUUCUGUGAGAAGAUAAUCGUAGAUCUUAUCAGUACUGGUCCGAGAGCUAACUUCCUCCGAUUUUCCCUCGCUUUCAAUAG